AUGGCACAAAAACCACCAAUCACCAUCCUCCCCCCUUCGGGCGGGCCCCCACUAGCCAUCGUCCUCUCCGAAGCCACAACCCCGGAAUCCCGCUCCCGCUGCUUCAAGCUCGCCUCCACCGCCUUCGGCAAAUCGCUAACGCCAGACCAGUACGUGGAGCGGGAAGCGCAGCUAGACCAGCACCCCUUGACGCGGGACGGCGGGUGGCGCUUCUGGUACCUCGCGGCGGCCGACGAGCCCGAGCACGUGCUGGCCAUGUGCAAGACGAUGCACCGGGACCUGCUGGUGCGGGACGCGCGCGGCGGGGGGGCGGCGCGGCGGGAGCAGGGGUACUGCAUCGCGAGCGUGGUGACGGACGCGGCGUACCGCGGGCUCGGGCUCGCUCCGGUGUUGUUGAAGAACGUGGCGGAGUGGAUGGAUGGGCCGGGGGGUGCGACGGCGAGUAUACUGUACUCUGACAUUGGAGAGUUCUACGUCUCCAAAGGCUGGGACCUCCUCCCCGCCCUACAAUCCACCCUCUCCGUCCCCUCCACUCUGCCCCAACCACCACCCCCCCUCCCCCAAACCCGCCCCCUAACCGACGCCGACCUCCCCGCCCUCUGCGCGCGGGACAUCGACAACCUAACGCAGCAGUUUUCACAACAACAACAACAACAACAACCCAGCUCAGACGACGACGACCACCACCACCACCACCACACUCUCGCAACGGUCCUGCCCACCGCCGACAUCAUCAGCUGGCAGCAGCAGCGCGCGGACUACAUGAGCGCCGCCGCGCUGGGAGACGGUCAAAAAGAAGCGCCGCUGCCGGAGGUCAAGGGCAGCGUCUGCGAGAGCGCGGGCGCGUGGGUGUACUGGUACCACGACGUGGCGGCGCGGCGGCUGAUGAUCCAGCGCGUCGUCCAGCUGCGGGACGACCAAAACGAGGCGCUGGCGCGGUUAUUUCUCGACGCGCUGGAGGAGGCCGCGCGCUGGGGGUUGGCGGGGGUGGUGGCGUGGAACCCGAGUGCGGAAGUGCGGGGGGCGAUGGAGUGGGUUGCUGGGGAGUGUGGGAUAGAGGUCUUGCAUGAGAAGCGGGAGGUCACCGAGGUGCCUUGCAUACGGUGGCGGAACGGCGAGAAGAGGCAGGCUACGGUGACUUCGGUUGAGUUCUAUGGAUGGAGCUAA